UCUCGCGCAUGCCCACAAAGUCGGCUUCAGUAGCUGCCACCUAAAUCUAUUGUUUUCCUGAGGUUCGGGUGAAAGGUUUGUUCACUGGAAUCCACACUGAGAAUCAUGGCAGACGAACAAGAAAUAAUGUGCAAACUGGAAAACAUCAAGGAAAUAAGAAACAAGACUAUUCAGAUGGAGCGGAUCAAGAGCAGGCUGAAGACCGAGUUUGAAGCGCUGGAGUCGGAGGAGAAGCAGCUGAAGGAGUACAAGCAGGAGAUGGACCUGCUGCUUCAGGAGAAGAUGGCUCACGUGGAGGAGCUGCGGCUAAUUCACGCAGACAUCAACGUGAUGGAGAACACGAUCAAGCAGUCGGAGAACGACCUGAACAAGCUGCUGGAGACCACCCGCCGGCUGCACGACGAGUACAAGCCACUGAAGGAGCACGUGGACGCUCUGAGGAUGACCCUCGGACUGCAGCGGCUGCCGCACCUGAGCGAGGAAGAGGAGAAGCUCUCUCUCGAAUACUUUGAGAAGCAGAAGGCUGAGUGGCAGACGGAACCACAAGAGCCACUGAUCCCAGAAUCCCUUGCAGCGGCAGCCGCAGCUGCCCAGCAACUCCAGGUCUCCCGGAAACAAGACGCACGACAGCCAACCACCUUCCGCCAGCAGCCCCCGCCAAUGAAAGCCUGCCUGUCCUGUCACCAGCAAAUCCAUCGAAAUGCUCCCAUUUGUCCCCUGUGCAAAGCCAAGAGCCGUUCCAGAAAUCCCAAGAAACCCAAACGUAAGCAAGAGGAAUGACUCCCUUUUGCUUUUUAGGAAGACUUCAUCUUUCUUUUUCUUAGUUUUUUCAACGAUGUAUUUACAUAUGAUGUAAGCAAGAAUUAAAAUUUCAAGGGGACAAAGCUAUUUAGCAUUUUCCGGUAGGUCUUAUCUUGUAGUAUACAUAUAUUUCAGUGCCUGAAAUAUAUUGCCUUCUCUAAAAUUGGCAGGCAAUUUUAGGGAAACAAAUGAAUAAUCCUCAUAAUAACUAUUCCAUGUAAAUGGCUAUUAAAUGACUGAGACUGGCUGUAUGCCAAAAUGUUCAUUUUUACAUUUCUGAUCUGUGAGUGUGUUUAAGUGGAGGUUGUUGAUAAGUGUGAAGAUCCAAAGUUCCAUUGUGAUAGGUGUUUACUGUAUUUGUAACAGGUGCUGUAAAAUGUGAAAUUCCUUCUGUUAAAGAUACAGUUACCUCACCUUAGAGGCUAGUUCUGCUGAUAUUUACAGUGUGAAUCUUGACUAAUGAUUUCCUGACAGCUCAGCUAUUCCGUAUAUGUGGGGUUGUUUUUAAAUAACUAUAAGACAUAAAUUGGUAAGCACUCUGUUUUUUUUCUGAUUUUUGUCAUGCACAUGGGUUUCCGUCCAGUUGUUAACAAGGCCAGUUUUGUGUAAAUUCUUGUUGUCGCUGUGUUUUGUCUUACCUGGGUUUCUCCUUUCCUGUGGUCACACGAAGGCCUCUGGGAUGUCCUUUAUUUGUCAUCAUUUUUGUGUAAAAAAAACCCCUUGUCAGUCAGGCUUGGGUCUGUUAUCGUGUUGCGUAGUUAAUUCAGGUUAGUUCAUGGGUUUAGAAUGGAUGUCCCUUUUCAUGGCCGUAGGAGACUGUACUUCUAAGAUGCAGUACUGGAAGGCUGGAAUUGUGGAGGUCACUCCUCUCUGCUAUAAUGACUGUGGGUGAAAAUGAAUUUUAAAAAAGCAUAUUUUUAGUAUGUACUUGAAAGGAACAUGUAAUCAAGCAACUACAGAUUCACUUCAAUAGGGUAAGUAAAUUACUAUUAAGUAAGGUAUUUGUUGCGCUUUGUUUCGAAUGGUCUUAUAUUGCUUAUGGAAAUAGCUGAUGUAGUUUGUCUAUUAAUCUGAGUUAAAAGAAAUACUUGAUGAGAAGGAGCUUUUUAAAAACAUUUCUUUCUUCUUUUGGAAGUGCAGUAAUCUGUUCACCUUUAUUUGUUUAACAUGCAUUUAAAAAAUAUUGUUGGUAAUGUUAUGAAAAAUGUAAUUCCCACAAUGUAAAGGUAGUUUCCCCCCCCCCCCCCCCUUUUUGCCAUUAUGUCUUAUGUACAGUACUGUACAUACCGGUUCCAUCGUUAAAACUGAUUUUCUGGCAAUUUCGUUAAAUGUUAUGUAUAUGAACUAAUGUUGUCCAAUAAAUUGUGUUUGGCAAAUAUUGCCAGUAAAGAAA